GUCGCAACAGAGGACGCGAUCAAACUAUGUGACGCGACUAUGGUCUGAUAUCAACACCUGCAUCAAGACAGAACAAGGCUUGUAGCUGGCUAUUUCAACCGAAACCACUUUUGUAACAUCAUACACUCGGCCAUAAGGUAUGCUUUCAUUCAGCUGUAUACUUUAAAUGAGAGUGCAUUGUUGUUUAUGCUGAUAAAUGGUUGCUAAGCUAACAAUAUACCGUUUAGAAACUCUGUGAUUAUACUCUAUUCAGAAAGCUGUCUGCCGCCUAUUCACCGACGCUCCCCCAAAUGUUCUGCCUAAACGCAAAUGCAGGUGUUGGAUACAGUUUUGGAAACAUUUGGAACUUAACUUGAAUAUAAGUGAAAAAUAUUUUUUUAAAUACAAAAUACUUACUGUAUGCAGUUUUGGAAAGUUGCACCCGGCUGUCCUUUUGAGAAACACCGGAAAUGUAGAAUGUAUUGGUGCAAUGGAGAUACAGCACGAGUGAAUGUGAGAGAGUAUAUCGUAGCUGAGGCGUUGUGUGAAAACAGCCGGGUGCAACUUUGCUCAACUGCGCACAGUAAAAGUGUGUAUUUGUAUUUGAAAGAUUCUUUCUCGCUUAUAUAAAAGUUAAGUAUCAAAGGUUUACAAAACCGUAGCGUAUUUGCGUUUAGAGUGUCGGGAUUAAACAGAGCGUCGGGAUUGUAGUUCACAUGGAGCCAGCUAUGGUCCGUACCAUCAGCUGAGAACCCAAAAGGGGGGCCAACUGUAAGAUGGGUAUACCCCCCUUGGGUUCUCAAGAACUAACUAGCCACUUACCAAAAGGUGACUGGAGUGCCACUUUAAAUUGAUGAUUGAUUGGCCCGACAUCAUCUGGUAUUACCUGAUCAGAGUUGUAUAACAACCACAGUUCUCUCACACUUCUCACACAGUGUGUGUAUGCGUUUGUGUCCUUGUUAUUUUCAGGGCAGGACAAGUGCAUGCCACAAUGGCACAGUGGAACGACUACCACCAUGAGGAUGAAGAUGUGGAUGGAGAGGAAGGGGAUGAGUCUGGAGGUAAGAACAACAUUGAUGGUGAUUGAAUGGAUCAAUACUGAAUAGUAUGGAGUUUAGCAUAUGUAAUGUCAACGCAAUCCCUCUCCCCAGUGGACUAUAAGAGCACAGGGCGUGACAGCCUGGUGUUUCUGGUGGAUGCUUCCAAAGAGAUGUUCAUCAAGGGGGAGGAUGGAGAGCCCUCGCCAUUUGACAUGACCAUGCAGGUAGAUCUCUCUUUCUCUCUCGCUGUCUCUAACGCCCUCUCUGCUUUCCCCUACCGUUUUCUGUCCUUUCUUCACCCCCUCUCUUUCUCUCCUUAUCUCAGACAUGAUCAAUAUUACUGAACUCUCAGCAUCAUGAAAAGUGACAUGACUGAUGGCCCUUUCCCACUCACCCUCCUCUCUUUAUCACUCUGUGGUCCUACUUAGCCCUCUGACAGUGUUGUAAUAUAUUCUAUUGUGCUACUCUCCCUCCCCAGUGUGUCCGCAGCGUCUACACCAGUAAGAUCAUCAGCAGUGACAAGGACCUGGUGGCUCUAGUGUUCUAUGGGACGGAACAGAGCAAGAACCCCAGGAACAGUUUCAAGCAUGUCUAUAUCUACCAUGACCUGGACUCACCUGGUAUGUCCCCCUGGCCUGCAGUUUCAGUGUGUGUUCUGAAAGAGUCUUGGAGUCUCCUCACCUAUCUCUCUGUCCAUCCUUUUCUUUUACCCCCAUCCAUCCAUCUCUCUCCCUCCCUCUCUCCUCUAGGUGCCCGUCGGGUGCAGGAUGUGGACGGGCUGCGUGGGGAGAAGGGUGCCCAUGUGGCAGCGGAGACCAUGGGCAGUGGGUAUACCAACCUAGGCGAGGCCCUGUGGUGCUGCUCCAACCUCUACAGUGACAUCAAGCUUCGGCUCUCCCACAAACGCCUCAUGAUCUUCACCUGCCGAGACAUGCCACACGGGGGCGACAGCGAGCACGACCGCCAGGCCCGCACCAAGGCUAGCGACCUCAAAGAGACUGGUGGGUCUGGAGAAAGGGGGAAGGCAGUUGUCAAAGAGAGAGAACACAUAUAGUUGUAUCUUUAUGCCAGUUGGCCUCCUUGAUGUAACUGUGUUGUAGGUGGAGGGGUUUGAAAAGUGGCCUGAAAUACAUCUUGGUCUUGCAAAUGUUUAGUUUAUCACAAACAAUGUAGGAUCAGUAAUCUCUCUUUCUCUCUCUCUGUCACUCACUCACUCACAGGUGUGGUGAUAGACCUGAUGCAUCUGAUGAAGCCAGGUGGGUUCGACGUCUCGCUCUUCUUCUGCGACGUGGUGAGCCCCCCCGAGGACGAGGCUGAGCUGGGCCUGCAGAUGGAGCCUUGUGGGAAAUUGGAGGACCUCCAGAAGAGGGUCAGAGCCAAGGAGAUGAAGAAGAGAUCGGUCGCAAGGUACAGAGCACAGCCCAGCACUGUUUCCCUCUCCAUUGUAUAGGCGUGGCGCUGUGUUCUUAUAGGACAUGUUUAGAUGUUUCAAACAUGUAAUAACACUGAACAGGGCCCUGGUUGCUGAUGGCUCCUCUCUUGUCCUCUGUGUCUCAGGUUGAAUCUGUGUCUGGGGGAAGGGAUGAACAUGGCGGUGGGUGUGUACAUCACGGCCCUACAGGCCAAGAAGCCUAACGCCAUCAAGCUCUACAGAGACAACAACGAGCCCGUCCGCACUAAGACACGCCUCUACCACACACAGACGGGCAGCCUGCUGCUCCCCAGCGACACCAAGAAGGCUCAGGUAACUAAGUGGGAAUCUCAAAUCAAACCAAAUAAAUAUAUAUUUGAAGUGUAUCAAAGAAAGUAUGAAUUAAAUCAAAUGUAUUUAUAAAGCCCUUUUUACAUCAGCAGAUGUCACAAAGUGCUAUACAGAAACCCAGCCUAAAACCCCAAACAGCAAGCAAUGCAGAUGUAAAAGCAUGGUGGCUCGGAAAAACUCCAUAGAAAGGCAGGAACCUAGGAAGAAACCUAGAGAGGAACCAGGCUCUGAGGGGUGGAGAUUAUAAGAGUACAUGGCCAUUAAGGCCAGAAUUCAUAUUUUUCAUUCUGUCAGGUUCAUUUCAGUCUAGAUGUGAUUUGUGGUUGUGUGUUUGUCUGUGUAGGUGUAUGCAGGCAGGCAAAUAGUGAUGGAGAAAGACGAGGUGGAUGUGAUAAAGAAGUUUUCUGACCCGGGUCUGGAGCUGAUUGGGUUCAAGCCCAUGGAGCGUCUCAAACUGCACCACCACCUCAGAUCUGCUGUCUUCAUCUACCCAGAGGAGGAAAUGGUCACAGGUGUGUGCGUGCGUCCCUCAACACUAUGAACCUGUCACUAUGAUGGGAAGAGAGACGGUGACAGUUGAAUACAUAACUACAAGUCAAAAUGUAAUCUGAGAAACGUCAGCCCAUGUUCGUACUCCAAUUCCAUUACAUUUUGAGUUCCAACUUUAAACCCCUUUCUCAAUCUCUUCUGUUUUUCCAUCCCAGGGAGUGCCUGUGUUUUCACAGCGUUGCUGCGCAGAUGUAGUGAGAGGAACGUGUUCGCUCUGUGUAAAUACACACGGAUUCGUAACUCUCCCCCGCGCUUCUUAGCGCUGGUGCCCCAAAGAGAGGAGGUGGAUGAGGGCCAGGCUCAGAUUGCAGCUCCAGGUACAGUCAUUGGGUCCCACUGUAGCCGCUGGUCUUGCACAAAUACCACACAAUUAAUAUACUUUUAAACGUUCAGACUAAUUGUAGUGAUGUGUGUUUGUGUUCGUCUCAGGCUUCCAUGGCAUCUUCCUGCCCUACGCGGAUGACAUCCGUACCCUGGACACUCCUCAGCUCCCCACGGCCUCCAACGCCCAGGUGGACAAGAUGAAGGAGAUAGUACACAAGCUACGCUUCAAAUACAGGUACGGCCUUUUUAUUACAGUGAAUACCAGGAUUCACAUUUUUAAAAGAGUUAAAGCAUAAAACAUAAAAGUAAAAGCGUAGUAGAAAACGAAGGGAACACUAUUGUAAACAUCCUAGAAUAUGACCUGAAAGAGUCUUGAGAUUCCCACUCCAGUGUUGUCUAUGUGUUGCUCUUCCUGUGUUCCAGGAGUGAUGCGUUUGAGAACCCAGUCCUCCAGCAACACUACAGGAACCUGGAAGCCUUGGCUUUAGAUCUCAUGGCCCCAGAGCACAUAGAGGACCACACCAGUAAGACUGAUACACACACCAUAUGCUUUUGAUUGGCCCACAUGCUUCUUUUUUAGCAGUGCUCAAGCUCGCUUUUUCUUGUCCAUUCUUUCUGUUCAAUCUCUCCUUAUCUAUCUCUCUCUCUCGCUCCUCCCUCAGUGCCCAAUGUGAAUAUGAUGGACCAGCGUCUUGGUUCCCUGGCUCAGGAGUUCAGAGAUCUGGUGUACCCUGCUGACUACAACCCAGAGGGCAAGACUGCACCCAAACGCAAACCAGGUGAGUUCUGUGUGAUCUAUAUUGUGGUGAAUGGUUUACUUGCUAUGUGUCCCGUAGGGGAGAUUUGGGUCUGGCACAUGGAGUAAGAAAUAUCAGUGUAGUAGCUGGCAGUGUCACUGUUGAAAUACUGGUUGUUGUAACAUCCUGGCCCUGUGUGUGUUCAGCUGAGGCGGCAGGCGGCGCAGAGAAGAAGCCCAAGGUGGAGAUGUCUGAGGACGAGCUGAGGGGUCACGUACAGAAAGGCACCCUGGGUAAGCUGACGGUGCCCGUGCUGAAGGACGCCUGCAAGCAGUUUGGGGUGAAGGUCACAGGGACCAAGAAACAGGAGCUAAUAGACGCCCUGACUGCACAGCUCACGAAAUGAGGCUUAGAUGUCAAAAUAUGUUGACAUCUACGCUGUCGAUAUUCUGGUCAGAGGCACUAGGAAGCAGGAUUAUUGGUCUGUCUUUGCUUUAGGCUUACAUUUCAAGAUUUCUAAUCUGAGAUGUAACACUGUACUUCAAAUGGGGAAAAUAUGCAAUGUUUCUCAUUUGCGUUGCUAGAAGAAGAAUAUUACUUUUUGUUUCUUUACAUAUUUUAAACUUUGAAAUAAAAAAUGAAGAGGA